AUGGAUACGUACAAUCCAUGUCUCACGGAUACUCACGGAUACCUUGCAGUGGCGUUCGGAGGGGCAGGAAUGGGGAGAGCGACGGCGUCGGAUGAAGAUGAGCACAAGCAUGCGAGGCCAUGGGAGGAGACGGUAGAGGCAGUGUGGAGGCGGCAUGCUCGGGCUUCAAGAUUCCCUCAAAGAGAAGAUGUGAGGGUCACAGCUAAGAGGAUCGUUGUUGAGGAAGGGCUGGCGGUCGUUGAGAGGAAGGUUGUCUACAACUACUCCGAGGUUGUGCCCCUCCUCCUCCAGGGAACGGUGAACCCUGCAGACAAGUUCAUCAUGGUGGAGACGAUGAAGUUCAGGUGGAAGGAAAGAGACCUGGAGAUCGUCGCCGUCAACGAGACUGGAAGAUCCAGCGUGAUCUAUGAGGAGAGGAUCCAUCUCUACCCGCACCCCGAGAACAGCAACUGGACGGUGAUGCGGCAGAAUGGCAGCUACGAGGUGGAUCUGUUCUUCGGGCUGGAGAUGAUGGGGAUAGACAUGUGUAGGAGCAUCUUUCGCAUGAAUUUCAACAACAAUGUAGAUGCGGAUGCUUCCAUGAUGCAAGAAUAUGUUAGCAAGAAGGAGGUUCCUGGAUACUUCCCCACGUACCUUCGCGAUCUCUUCCUACAGGACACGGAUCCUUCUCUCUUGCCUCCUCUUCCUCCUCAGGACGGCAAGUCUCAAGUUACCGCAUCUAGCAUCAAAGCCAGCUACAUCCACGCCUACGCUUUCAGAUUUUGGGAUCAAGGCGAGGAGGAGCUGCAGGCGUCUCUCUCGUGUGUUGACUGCUUCUUGCAGGGCGACAUGAACAAGGAGGAGACAGCGCGAAGGUUGCAAUGGAUCUUCUCUCCUACCCCACCCCUUGCCAAGGGCAACAGCGUGGUGGAGGAGAAGGGGAAGCUGAAGUUCCCGUCUCGCCACGGCUUGAAGGGAGCGGGCUAUCUCUGCAUGCAGCCCUCGCUCGCUCCUUUGCAGACUUUUGCCACCAACGAGAUAACGGGACCAAGUCCUCCUCCUCUGGAGAUCUAUGGCGUCACGCGCGAGAGCGCAGCUACCGACGAUUCACUGCAGCAGCGUGGGAUGCAAGGCCAUGGAUCAUCACUUGUGAUGUUCUGA